AUGGGGUCCCCAACAGGAGAGGAUCCAAUGAGGGUCCCUAUGUCAAACGAUUCGGGUGUAUGUACAGAUGUUGUGCCUGAUAAGCAACAAGCAUCAUCAUCUUCUUCCUCUCCCUCAACUGGAUCAGCAGCAGCAGCAGCAUCAGCAGCAGAGGAUUCCUCCUUAUCAGCAAGAACAUCAGCAGCAGCAGCAGAAGUAGCAGCAACAGAAGCAGCAGAAGCAGCAGCAGCAGCAGCAGGAGAAAAAGAGGAAUGGGAAAUAGAAGUAAAUAAAGAAUUAUUUGUAUCACCGCGAAUUCCUCUUAGAGAAUUAAUUCAUGAAUUUAUUGAGGGGAGUAACGCGAGUAAGAAGAUUCAUUUCCUUAUACAAAAAGGUAAUCAAAAUAAUGAUCACAACCAGCAGCAUCAGGACAAUAACAACAACAACAACCAUCACCAGCAGCAGCAAGUGCAGCAAAUGCAGCAGCAGCAGCAGCAGCAGCAGCAGCAGCAGCAGCAGGAAGCAAUGAUAAGAAAAAUAAGAAGAGAUGGUUGCUGUUUUUAUCGUUCAUUUUUUUUUGGAAUUUUCGAAUUUUUUUUUUUCAACAAAAAAAAAAUUCAAAAUUUUAUUCAAAAAAUUCAACAAAUUAUUUUACCAAAGAUGGAGAGGACAGGGUACCCCAAGGAAUCUACAGAGGAGUUCGUUGAUGAGGUAUUUGCUGCAUUAGAGAAGAUAUCUUCUCCUGAUUCAACUUUACCCAAGGUAUUUGCUGCAUUAGAGAAGAUAUCUUCUCCUGAUUCAACUUUAUCUGAUUUAGAGGAAAUAUUUAAUGAUCCAUCUACAUCUAAUUAUCUUGUUGUAUUUGCUAGACUAGCUACAGCGAGUGAAUUAAAGAGCGAAGAAGAUCAUUAUUUACCAUUUAUGGAGGAAGGAGAAACCCUAAUUUCUUUUAUAAAAAAAGAAGUUGAGCCUAUGUUUGUUGCUGCUAAUGAGCCACAAAUCUUUGCCUUAUCUAGUGCAUUAGGGUUUACAUGCGAGGUUUAUUAUGUUGAUCAAUCUAAUCAUACACAACCAGGGCCGGCUAGCUAG